GGAAAAAGGCCGAAGGAGGAGAAGGAGAGGCUCACCGGGGAGAAGAGGGAGGACGGAGCGGAGCAUGGCGCGGCGGCAGGGGAGGAGCAGGCCGGAGCCGCGGUGGUCCGAGCCGCCGCCGGGCCUCUUCCCCGCCGGCAUCGACGACCUCCUCCGCCUGCUCGCCGUGCUCGCCAUCGCGGCCGCCGUCGCCGCCGCCUGCAGCGUCCUCAACCGCCGCCCCGCCCCCUUCUGCGACUCCGACGACCCCUAUUCCGCCUACGAUUCGUGCGAACCCUGCCCGGAGAACGGCCGGUGCGUCGACGGCGAGCUGCGGUGCGUAGAGGGGUUCAAGAAACGCGGCAGGGCAUGCGUGGAGGAUGGCCUGCUCACCCACACCGCCAACAAGAUCGCAGAGUUGCUCCAGCAUAGGAUCUGCGAUGAGCAUGCCCGUGUGCUGUGCGGCCAGCCCGGCAUGAUCUUGUUCCAACAACAUGACAUCUCAAGUAUGGCUGACGAUCUGUUAUCCAAGGAUGCCGCCCGCCUAAGUGACGAUGGAAUCAAAGUCGUAAAAGAGAGGGUGCUGCAGAGCGCACAUGGCUUCUUGGAGACAACGUCAACUUAUGACAAUGUCCAAGCGUUUAAAUGUCCAGAGCUGGCCGCGGAGCUUCAUAGGCCCCUGUCUUGUCAAGCUCGUCAAUGGAUCUCUAGCAAUAUCAUCUUUGUGAUCACCUUCUGUCUCCUGUCUGCAGCACUGCUCAGGAUUCUAUGGAGCAUUUACCAGAGACGGGCAUUAUCAAAGAGAGCCGAGCAAAUAUAUGAGCAGGUAUGUGAGAUCCUUGAAGAUAAUGCCAUAAGUGCAAAGGCUGGCAACUCUGAAUGCGAGCCUUGGGUGGUCACCUCCUGGUUGCGUGAUCAUCUACUAUCUACCCGAGAGAGACGGAACACUUUGUUGUGGAAGAAGGUGGAAGAAUUGCUGCUGGAAGAUUCUCGCAUCGACCAGUAUCCAAAAGUGAUCAAGGGAGAGGCCAAAGUUGUCUUAGAGUGGCAAGCUAGCGGGUCGCUGAGUGGGAAGAUUAAGAAGAUGCAAGGUGCAGCAGGGAAGACAAGGAGCGGCAGCGUUGGCGCCAUCAAACUUGCUGAAGAAAUAUGUGGCAGCAGCAUCAUCAGCAGCAGAGACAAGGAGCAUUGUUCUUCAACUAGCAAAGAAGCAACUAAUCCUUUCAUGUAAUCAACCAAUCAAUCCAAUCACGGUGAAUACAUCUUUGAUGAGUGUGUGUAGAUGACACGAUGAUCACGUAGGGAUCUUAUUUAUGUCAGCAUUAUUAGUUAGCAAUGUCGUCGAUGAAUGUUGGGUGGUUUUGCCUCUGCCCUCUGAAGAACAAAACAGAACAGAUGUUGUAGUAAGAUGAUGUAUAUGUAUGAAUGAAUGUAGUAUCAUUCAUUGGAAGAUGCUGCUGACGGA